AUGGAGAGGACGGAUGAGGAGGUGACAACGCCCACGAUGUCGGCCAGCACCACCACGACGACGUCUGGGGAGGCAGAGAUCCCGGACUAUUGGCAGCGAGUCGACUCGCCCUUCAGCAAAUCCACGAUUUUCGCGUACGCCGGCGGCAUGUUGGCGUUCGGUGCCGUCUGCGGGGCGGCUGCUGCGCUGGUCAUCGGCCAACGCCCACCAAAGCCCAGCGCCGCCAAGACCACUACCAAGGCCGGGACGGCGCUCUGUCUGACGGGCGCCUUGGCGGUGCGGUGGGUGGUCUACACGAGCAUGGGCGUGUCCACGGUCGAGGAGUUCGCCGACAAGAUGAGGCGAUGGGCACCGGAGAAGGCGAAGAAGGUGGGGCUGGUGCCAUCGCGGGAGAGCGCCUACUGGACGCAGAAGAAGCUCGAAGAGGAGGGCGGCGCCGGCGAAGAGGGCAGGCGCGCCAUCGGCGUCUUCGAGCAGUGGUUCGGCGUCAAGUUCGACGAAGGGGACAACACCGACGACGAGGCCGCAGCUGAAGCCAGCACAUGA